GACGUGUUGUUAGCAAAUGGGAGCGGAAGGGCUGAUCUCUCGCCAGAAGAGGUCAUUCUGGCUUCGGCUGCCACUUGUUGCUAAACCCUCCAGGGCUCGAAGACUGUUUUCUUUUUUUUUUAAUUGCUCGGUGAAGGAUCGCUGAGCUCAGAGACACGUCCACGUUUAACUUUCAAGAAGGGACUGCAGCAUAAAUAUCAAUUUAUAGUUUCAACUAAACGAGAAGCAUGGUUGAUAACGCCGCUAUAGCAACAAAAUCCGCGUUGCAGGCAGCCUUCUCCCCGGCGAACAGCCUCCCUCUGUUAGCCUCGGCACACGGCCACUUCCCAGGCGCUCAGUCCCACUCGUCAGGCGGCGGCAUGAAGCUCGAAGCGGUCAUGGAAAACCUCCAGAAGCAGCAGGCUGCGCGCCUGGCCCUGGAAGAAAAACUCCGGCAAGCCGAGAAAGAGAAAGAAAUAAGAUCCAUGGUGAAGGCACGGAUCCAGCAACAAGCCCCGUCUUUCCGUCAUUUCCAGGCAGCGGUCCAGGGCUCGUUCACUGCGGGAUAUCCCGAAGCGUACCCGGGCGCAAGCUCCGCUCAUCACUGCCAACGCACGGGCAACAGGCAACAGGCGGGCGACUCCGAUGUCGACGAUGAAGCGGAUCGCAGUCGCGACAUAGAAGACGACGAUCGGGAUAUAGAGGAAGACGAACUGGAAGACGACCGGGUCGGAGAAGAGGAAGAGUCGUACUGCCAAGCCGAUCAUUCACACCAAAGUGAAGGCGGGCGAGAACAAAAUAAGAGCGCCGGGCACUCGCAGCCCAGGAUCGGUCAGGCGUCUUAUCCUGCACCGAGGGAGUCCGAGAGCCCCGGAGGAGAGGCGCCGCACGGACAUCUGCAGCAACACGACUGGACAUACGAGGAGCAGUUCAAACAGUCAGGAAAACUGAGCGGCCCUGGGAGGGACCCGGGAAAUGGGAGUUUCAGUGUCGGUAGUGGCUCUUCGUCUUUGAUUCAGGAGUUAUAUGAACUGGAUGAUGAUGAGAAGCGAAAAGAAUUCCUUGAUGACCUCUUUAGCUUCAUGCAGAAGAGAGGGACCCCCGUGAAUCGUAUUCCUAUCAUGGCCAAGCAGGUCCUGGAUCUGUAUACUCUCUACAAGCUUGUCACAGAAAAAGGCGGCUUAGUGGAGGUCAUCAAUAAGAAGAUAUGGCGUGAGAUUACUAAAGGUCUAAACCUUCCUACCUCUAUCACCAGUGCAGCUUUCACUCUCAGAACACAGUAUAUGAAGUACCUCUAUCCCUAUGAAUGUGAAAAGCGGGGACUGAGUUCCCCUGGAGAGCUUCAGGCAGCUAUCGACAGCAAUCGCCGGGAGGGCCGUAGGCAGAGUUACAGCUCAGCGGUGUUCAGCUACUCCCCUGUGGGAACUCCCAGUGUCCUCUCCUCACCCAAGAUCCAGAUGUCCCACAUGGCCAUGGGCAGCCCGAAUGUCAGCCACCUUGCCCAUGCCAUAUCCAUAAAGAAAGAAGAUCCUGGGCUCUCCAGCAGCAUGUCCACUCGCCACUCUAUUCCCUCCCUAGUCGGACAGCACACGGUAGCAGCGCAGGCCGCCGCCGCACAAGCCGCCGCCGCUGCCCAGGUGUCCGCAUUUGAGCAGUUGCGGGAGAAACUGGAGGCCGGUGAGCCGCCGGAGAAGAAGAUCAUGCUGAUGGCUGAAGAGCAGCAGCGCAUCAUGCAGCAGGCUCUGCAGCAGAAUCUGUUAGCGAUGGCGACACAGCUGCCCAUGAACAUCAAGAUUAACAGCAGGGAUGAUAGACAAGAGGCUGCAUUGAACCUGUCUACCAACUGCAUUAGCAGCAUCAACAUGUCAAUAGAAAUAAAUGGAGUUGUCUACACAGGUGUCCUGUUUGCUCGGAAAUCGGCCUUUCCAGUGAUGCCAGGGAGCAACGGAAGUAGCCUGAAGAACUCUCAAGGAAAGUGCAGCCCAGGACUGCACGUACACAUCCAGCCUUCUGUUUCUUCCUCCUCCUCAUUUUCCUCCUCGUCCUCCUCCUCGGCCCUUGGACACACCACCGGCAGCGUUUCUCCCUGAGUGUGGGGGGAGUAGCCUUCAGCUCGCAGACUGUUUCUUCGGUCUAAAGACCCUUCAAACAGCCUGUAAACAAAUGAGAGACACUGAUUUUUUUAAGGGUGAUUCUCCCCCCCCCCAAUCUUCACAAGUUCACAGUGAUACAUAAAAACCCGUGAGUAAUCAGACAGUUAUAUUUGAGGCAGGGGGUCACUAAGGAAAACGGUUAUGUUAUAUAAAUUAUUAUAUCUCUGAUUGAACGGCCUUAGGCACAUGCUAACAAAAUAGCAACAAUGAACUGCAGGGAUGAGCCUUGAGGCAGGAAAAGAGAAUUAUUGAUUCUCUGAGUGGGCAAAAGAUGAGGAUGGCUAUGUUUAGUCCCUGCACAAGCUAUUGCCUGGCGAGUUAUAUUUUCCUGGCUGUGUUAGUGAUGUUGGCAUGAGUGUACAUUUGUUUCAAUAAGUUUCAGUAGCUUACCAUAGGCUCUAUUGCAACCAGGAGGAAAUGUGUGUUCUCAGCUAUUACCAAAGAACAAAAUCAUCACUCUUAUCAUGUCGCCUAGUAACAUAACAAAACAUAUGUUUGAUAACAGAUGCAUGUUUAAAAAAAAAUAAUGCAGCUACUUUGGACAAGUUAUUCCAGAGAAAUAAAUAUAUAUUUUUAAGACAAGCACAAAACACUUGCUGGGCUAUGGAGGAACCUGAUUGAAGUGAGGGUUUUACAUCCAUGUAUCUCUAUGUCCUUUUUUGUCACCACUGUGCUGUUAUGUAGUGGUUUGUCUGCCCUGAUCUUGGGUAUUUUAUACAUGUGGCAUUUUUUAAUUAUCCUCUUAAUGAAUUAGGCUUCAUUUGGCUGUUACAAAAUACAGACAGCACUCAUACACCUGUUACAAGUCCUUUUGCGCAGUGUAACAUAUGCAUUUGUAAAAAAAAAACAAAAAAAAACAAAAAUAGCAAAAAGCUGUUCGUUUGCAUACUUCAUUGUUUAGAACAGAGGAACUAAUUAAACUCAAUUCAAAUCAUUUCCUGAAUCAAAAUCUUAAUUGUGUCAACUAACGCUGUACAGUUCAUUCUUAUGAGGCAGAAUUAAGCAGGAAAGCAGCACUUAUUUUUGUCUUAUCAGUACAAACAAACCCCUCCAAAAAGAAAGAAAGAAAAAUAUCCCAGAAACAGUCAGCAUUCCAUCAACAGCUUAAUUUGGCCAAAUGAAUUAAGAGCUGAGUCAGCAGGUUGUGUGGUAAUUAAUGGUACUCACUUGUAACCUGAAUGUCCAGGAGGGACCAGGUUGUCAUACCCCAAAGAUACAUGCAGGACACCCACUCAGUAAGUCAGAAUCCAUCGUGACUAGAAUCAGUGAAGGUGACCAGCCAUUGCAAGGAUCUGGGAUUUUGCUCCCCUUUUUAUUGUAACAUCUGAAACAGUAAGCUGUGGGAUUUUGGCUGAACAUGUGAAUCACGUGUUUUUCAUUAUGUGCAGCCACCACUUAAGGCUCACUACUGUUGUGCAUAAAGACCAUUACUGGUGUCACUUUCGUUGCAGACUGAUACUUUGUAAAUCUACCUCUCGAGCAGAUAAAGACUAAGAAGAUAAAUAUACAUAGUGUAUUGUGUUGUUUAUGAAGCCACAUGAAAAACAUUUGUGUUUCACAUGAUCACUGAUUUUUUUUUUUAUUGUACGUUAUACCAAAGAAGGGAAUAUUCUAUGAUAGCACAUCUACCUCAUUUGUCCUAGACUGUGCCAACAAACAUGACCACGAUUUAAAUUGCCAGUCUUUUAUCAAUAGGUCCACACAUGCUGUUUUCCUUGAACAUAUUAAGUAUUGAGGCAGAAACAAACAAUAAGAGUUAGGACAAGUAAAUGAAGUUGUUCACAUUUCUUGUUUGUUUUUAUAAGAGUGUAUUGUUGGGAUGGUAACUUUUAUUUUUAUGUUCAAACAAUCCCGUUCGAAAGUGUUCAUAUGAUCUUAAGUAGUAUGGUAUCUUUAGCAGCAUGUAUAGUAUACUAAAUUAUGAAAUUUAUUAACAAAUAGCACCUGUAUUUGCUCAAUCAUACAUAGUUUUUAAACUCAAAAGUAAUUAACCCAAAAGUAAUUAAUAGUUCUUUUUUAUGUAUUUCUUCAUGAUGUGACUCCCUUUGGAGGCAUCGGUCUGAGGAAAUUCCACAGCAAGUAAAUUUUCACAGCACAGUGUGGUGUUUCACAUGAGCUGUGAAAUUGCCUGUCUCUGUAUGCAUCCCGUUAUACUUCUGAAUAGAGAAUGAUUUAAAUAAUUGAAACUGAAUAGGUUUAUCUUCACAUUGUUUCUACAAAAGCUAAUAAAGGUUAAUUUCCCGAAGGAAAAUCGAAUGUAUUUAUAAAGUAGGAUGCCAGCAACAAAGAAUCUUCCCUGUUAUUGUUUUCGUUGUUGUUUUUGUAAAUAUUGGAAUGUAUUUUUUUUUUCAUAUAAGCACUGGCAAAGCCUUCACUUACACAGAGCACAGUUUCCUCUCAUGUGAGUGUACUGGGAAUGACGUGAACGGGAAGAUCGGGACACUUGGAGAGGUCAUCGCUGACUGUGAACACGAGAACAAUCGCUGUAAUUCUUGUAACCAAAGAUCAAAAGCGAGCAAUUAAAGAAAAGCUUUGUUAAAUGAAAAAAAACUCAAAAGAAAUAAAGAAUAUAAGAAACUAUUGUUUUUAGAAAAUAAAAAAAUCAGUUAUGUGUCAAUAGUAUGAUGUUUACUUUGUCCAGAAACUAUGGUAACUAAGGUAUGCUGGUAGAUUUUAGAUUGAGUAUUAUGGCUUUACUCGCUGUAUAUGAAGCUUUACAUAUUUCUAUUCCCCUUUACUGUUUAUUUUUAUAAAUCCAGUGCAUUAUUGGAAAGCUGGAUUGUGGUGCUCAGGGGUUUAAAACAUUAAAACAGGUGAAAGAGAUUUUUUUUUGUUUGUUUUUGCCUUUUGACUUGUAGCACAAGUAGAAAUAAAAUGCUGCUUUAA